CCCUUCCUCUGUGGCAGCCACAGAGGCUCAGACAGGACACAUGGCAGGUCCCCGGCUCCAGCCUCUGCUGCUCCUACUGCUGUCCUUAGCCCUCAGAUCUGCUGGACAAGAAGCCCAGGAUACCGGCGAGAGGAUCAUUAAUGGAAAUGUAUGUCCAAGAGGCUCCCAUCCCUGGCAGGUGGCCCUGUAUUACAACAAUAAGUUCAAAUGUGCAGGCGUGCUGGUCAACCAACAGUGGGUGCUCACCGUCGCCCACUGCCACCAGAGUGAGUACAUUGUGCAAAUGGGUAGUGAUCUUCUGGUUGAUGUGCGUGCCCAGAGGAUCAGGGCCACAGAGUCCUUCAUCCACCCCCGGUAUAACAACCGCACCAAUAAUCAUGACAUCAUGCUGGUGAAGCUGCACAGCCCAGCCACGCUCUCGCCCAUUGUGAACACAAUCAACCUACCGUCCAGCUGCAAAGGCAAUGCGACAAGCUGUACUGUGUCUGGUUGGGACGUAACCACCAUGCAUGGAGCAACGAAGCCAUCAAGGCUCAUGUGCUCCAAUGUCAACAUCAUCUCCUACCAGGAAUGCAAGCAGUCUUACCGGAACCUGUUGAAAAAAUACAUGCUCUGUGCGGCUACCCCCAACGGGUUCUCAAACAGCUGCAAAUUCCUGGUCACACCCUUCGUAGAUGCCACCAGAGAGCUGGCAGGUGCUGGGGCCAAGCCCCUGACCUGGCCUCAGGAAUGA